AUGACGCCUGGUAACCCAAAAUACCGUUUCCUGUAUGCUGUCUGGGGCUUUCUGGAAUGUCUUGGUUUUGGUGGUUUGAUUUAUGGCUGGGGAUCAUUGGUGUACAUAUUGAAAGAUGAAGGCUUGUACCUUGACCUCUGUCCUUUGAUAUAUCAGAAUGAUACUGCUUCGUUCAAUAGCACAGGUGUGAGCAAUGUCACAUCUAUUGUCUAUCAGGUUAACCAGACUCUUGAAAUGUCAGAUAUCGGAUUGUUGGCUAAGCGAGACCCUGAGUGUUCAGACAGAAAUAAAAGAUUGGCUCUUGCAUUUACCGUCGCCAUGGCAAUGUUUUGUGUUGGCUGUUUCAUUUUGGGACAGGUGAACUUCAAGUUUGGCAUCCGUGUGACCAGAUUGGCCGCAGCUGUUGUCUUCAUUGUCGGAGCAUUGGCAAUGGCAUUUCUAUCUAACGAUACACCAUUCCUGCUGUUUCCUGGAUUGUCUAUGCUGGGGGCCGGUGGUAUAGCCUACCUGGUGACAAACAUGCAACUGUCCAUGCUCUUCCCAAAAGGUGGCUCUGCAGUUGUUGGGCUCAUGUGUGGUGGUUUUGAUGCCUCGUCUGGAGUCCAACUCUUGAUCAAGAUUGGCUAUGAAAAUGGGAUCAGCAGACAGACUUCCUACAUCAUCCUGGCAUGCACUCACCUGUUGACUUUAAUUAGCACUUUCUUCUUCCUGCCUAAAGGCUUUUUCAAGAAGCCCCCAGCCCAUGGCCCUGAUGAGGUAGCUGGUGAUACAGAUGUGGCUGUUAAACUAACAAGUAAGACUAAAGGUGCUGAUGAUGAGGAGAGGGAAGAAAACAAGCCAAGUCUGAGGAAGUGCAUGCUGUCUCCUGUUUACAUCCUCCAUGUCGUAUGGCUGUCCAUCCUUCAGCUGAGGUUUUACUUUUUCUUGGGCUCUUUGAAUGUCACACUGGAGACCAUUCUCACAUCUAACAGCAAAGUUAGCCAUUAUACCAAUGUGUUUAUGUACAUCCUGAUGUGUGGACUAUUCACUUCACCUUUUGCUGGUGUAGUGUGUGAUUUCUUUAGCCGACUUUUUGCCACGAGUGAGUCCCUUACUCGGCGGCAGCUGAUGCCUCUAGUUUUCCCAUUAGCUCUGACCACAACCUUGUGUAUUGUCAUGUCAGGGCUGAUCCUAAGUGAGGACCCAACCACACUGUACGCAGUGUUUGUGUUCCUUCUGUUCUUCAGAUCAUUUAUGUACACACUGGCAGCAGGACUCAUCGGAGCUGUGUUUCCAGGUGAAUUUUUUGGCAUCAUGUACGGGAUUUUAAUCAUCACUGGAGGCAUCAUCAGCAUGUUCCAGUAUGCUUUGUUUGACUGGGCAGAAGCUACAGAGUUUAUGCAGGUAAAUCUGUUUUUGACCAUCUUCAUGGUGAUUACCUAUGUGCACCCGGUUUACCUGUGGUUCACCUGCAGGAGGGCAGAAACUUCUGAGUCGUUUACAGUGAGGAAACAGUGA